AUCCAAUCAGAGUAGACUUCACUCCUGCACCCAAUAUUCAAAAGUGUUAGCUGUUGACGUUAGCUGUCCGUUGUGCUAACUUCAUUAGCAUUGUGAAGGAGCUUCUAACUUCUUUGUUUGUUUGUUUGUUGUUGUUGUUGUUGUUUUCCCCCCCAAAUAUGCAGCCCAUGCAAGAGGAUUUAAAAAUGUACUUUUACGAGAACAGGAAAGCUACUUAUUCCGGGUGGCCGUUUGACGAGGACUGCGCCUGCACGUCGGAAAAUAUGGCCAAAGCUGGUUUUAUCCACACACCGUCUGAGAACAGUCCUGAUGUGGCCCAGUGCUUCUUCUGCUACAAAGAGCUGGAGGGCUGGGAGCCUGACGAUGAUCCUCUCAAGGAACACAAAUCUCACUCUCCAGCGUGCAAUUUCAUCCUGCUGAAACAUGCGGUGGAGGAGCUCACAGUAGAGGAGAUACUGAAGCUGCAGAAAGAGAGGCAGAAGUUCUACAUCAAAAAGUCCUGCAAACAAGCCAUUGAAAAGUUUGAAGAAGCAGCAAAAUUGAGAAGAGGAGACAUCAUCAAACUAGCUAUGGACAGCUGAAUGAAGUUUAUGUGACUUUCCUAAUAACAUAUUUCCCUGAGUACUUUUCAUAUUGUUUCACUGACAUCAAGUAGAUCAGAAACAGAAAAUACAUUCAGAACAUUUUCCUUCGUGACUGUCGACCUUGACUGACUUCAAAUCCAAAUAUGAACACACCCCAUAGUAUACACUGCGUUUUCUGUGCAAGGCUUCAGACAUGGAAAUGCAGAGCGAUUUGUGAUUUCAUUUGAAUUUAGCUGCACCGUGGAAGUGAAAUGCCAUACUAUGUAACUGCUAUUGCUAUUUCGAUAUGACAAGGUCAUAACUUGUAGGACAUGGGCAAUUGCAAAUGGCCUUUGUGUUUCCAUUUGAAAUUUGGCAGACUAUGUUGGUUCAUGUAACCAAAAAAUGCAAACGAUAAUACAGAAUUUUCAUGUGUGCUUAAAUUAUGACACAAUUUCUGUCCACAAAUAGAAAACGCAUUUAAACAAAAAAUAUUUUUUUUUACUUCGAAAAUACUUCCUUUUGUGGUCAGUCACGGUCGUGGUCCAAAGCUAACAUUAUUCUUUAAAACUUCUUUAAUGCAGUUUUAUAUUAAAAUCCCCAUCACAGAGGUGGAGUUAUAUAAACUUGGCUGUAUGUAUAAAACGACUAGAUACUCUAAUUGGAGCGGAAACAACCCCUUGAAUUUGGUUAAGUUUAAAUGUGUUGUCUACUAAUAGUCUAUAUAACUCCAUUUUGCCAUGUUUUUCUAGGUCGGUAAUGAAUACAGCUAUUACACCAUUAUGAUUUUGUUCUGUUUUACCAAUUCCAAGUUUUGUUUAUAACUAAAUAUAAUUAUAAAUAAAUAAUAGGUUUUUAAGAUUUGCACUACUUAUUUGUUCUUUUUUUGUUUGUUUGUUUGCUGUAUUCUUUUUAUGUGUGGUUGCUCUUUGUGCUUUGCAGCAGUGUACUUUUUUUUAACCCUUUUUGUUGUUUUAUACUUUAUACUAUGCUUUAGGCUACUAGAAUUUGAUUUAGACAGUCGUCUUUGUAGAUGUUGGCCAUUAAUAAAACUGCAAUGCAUGAAACAAGAUACUGUUGUGCCAAAAAUGAGCAUAAUGUAUAUUCUGAAUAAGCAUUAAUCUACAGUUGGUGCAUGUGAAAUAAAGAAGCAUAUGUGUAUCUCCUACAA